AAAUGCCCAUCAAUUAAGUCUAGGUUUAUCCUCAAUAAAAGUUAGGUAACCAAAUAUCUGAGCUACUAAAAAUCUAUUUUUUUUUUCACCUUAAUCAAAACUCAUUUUUUGAAAGAAAAGAGAGAGGCAGAGAGAGAGAGAGACUGUCAGCUGUGUGGGCGUGUGUGUGUCCCCCUUGUCUUCUGUCAGUUUUUGCUUAGCUUCUGAAAUCUUGGGUCUCUUCAAAUUCCCUCUACUUUCCUUUUUUUUUUUGGGUCUCCCAAUUUUCUUACUAACCAAAAAAUUAUACUCUCACUUGUUGCUCAAACAACAUUUUCUUAAAUUUUAGUUUUGUUUAAUUUACUGGGUUUUUUUUUUCUUUUCUUAUGUGUUAAUUAACAUUUGGACAGGGACACAUAAUUAGCCCCAUUUCCAGAGUGAUCUGUCUUUCUCUUGUCUUCACACAGCAAGAAUUUUUUGUGUGUUCACAGAAAGCUAAAAAGCUGCUUCCUUUUUGCAAUCUUUGCUAAUGGCAAUAUAGAGAAAGAGGCCAGUGGGCCUUAAGUGAACCUUAAUUUCAGUAUUGAAAAGGAAAAUGACCUCAAAACCAAAGAAAGGAUGGAAAUCAAUUUCGUCUAGCCAUUUGAAGACCAAAUCAGCAGCACAUUUUUGCUUGCUCCCCAAAGCAAAGUCAGAUCGAUAUGGUCCUGGUGACACACCUGUUUAUCUCAAUGUGUAUGACUUGACUCCUAUGAACGGCUAUGUAUAUUGGGCUGGCCUUGGUAUCUUUCAUUCUGGUGUAGAAGUUCAUGGUGUAGAAUAUGCAUUUGGAGCUCAUGACUAUCCAAGCAGUGGCGUCUUUGAAGUUGAACCACGGCACUGCCCAGGGUUCAAGUUUAGGAAGUCAAUAUUCAUUGGGAUUACAAAGUUGGAUCCCUCUCAGGUUAGAGAGUUUAUCGAACGUCAAGCUGCUAGCUAUAAUGGUGACACAUAUCACUUGAUUGUUAAGAACUGCAACCAUUUCUGCAACGAUAUAUGCUACAAGCUGACUGGGAAAAAGAUUCCAAAGUGGGUAAACCGACUUGCAAAAUUAGGUUCAUCAUUCAGCUUUAUGCUACCUGAGGCUCUGAAAGUUGCUGCCGUGGAACAUGACCCUCACGGCCCAGAAUAUGUUAGUGAAAGAAGAAGGCUGAGAAGUGCUUUCAGCUGUCUUUCUUCCAUCUCCACAAGACAAAGGCAGUUAUCGACAUCUUCGUUGUUUCUACAAUCACCCUUGAAAGGUUGCUUACCAUCUUGGGAGUUAAGAAAGUCUAGCAACAGGUCUCUGAAGGAAAGGUAAAGAUAAUGGAGACCCGGCGAUUAAAGGAACUUCUCUUUCGAGCUCGGUUCCCAUUUUCUUGGAAUCAAAUGUUAUGAAGAUCAGAGUGGUAUGCUUAGGAAGGGGUAGUAUUUGUAACAUGACAUGAUUUCAGUGUAUGUAAUAUGUCUUUUUCCUUAUUUGAUUGCGUCAUUUUGAGCAAGUUUGCCAACAGUUAGAAGUUGAAAAAGUGAGUAGUUGUAUCAAGAUGAAUGAAGAUGUUUGUGAGACUAGUUUUUGAUAGUCUUUAGCUAGAAGGUUGAGCAACUAAAGUUUCAAUCCAAAGAAUGUGGAUUCAAAAGGCAAAUUGUAUAUAAUGCUUCUGCCAAUCAUAAGGCAAAUGUUUAUGCAUUA